AUGGGUCAUUACCGUUGUUUCCUCCCCCAUGACAUUCAUGGACGUAGAUUACCGUUGAUGCUUGUUGUGAUUGUCUUCCGUAUCUUUCAAGUGCCUGUGUCCGUGGCCCAGAACCUCCCUCCUAUUGUAAUCUGCCGCUUCAUCGGUGGUCUGUUUGCUUGUUCGCCGCUUUCGAUUGUUGGUGCCACUCUUGCGGAUAUCUGGGGUCCAGUGGAACGGGGAAUUGCCGUAUGUAUAUACUCUAACGCGACAAUCUCUGGCCCCGUUCUGGGCCCAAUUGUGGUUGGCUGCAUCGUUAACAGCUAUCUCGGCUGGCGAUGGACAGCCUGGCUGACUCUUAUCCAAGGGGCGGUUUACUGGGUUCUUGGUAUGAUAUUCGUGCCUGAAACCCAUGCUCCCACAUUGCUGCGCCGAUUCCAGCCUCGUGAAUGCUCUUCUGGUAUAAGGGACGAGCUAGGGCAAACAAAUACGAAAGCACUGGCAAGCCAUAUGAACUGGAGGGAAUUCCUAAUGAAGUACUUGGCACAACCACUUGGUAAGGCCAUUGCGAUCAAAGUGCCACAAUUGCACUAA